AUGCCGAGUCCUCGUGACGAUAUCAGUGAGGCUUCCGCAGCGUCUGCGCCUGAACCGCGCGUGAAAGGCUUCUCGCUACAGAGGAGUCCGCGCGGCCGACAGGAACUCACUGCAGUGGAGUCGCUCUCUCCGGACAAGAAGCUGGUCGAGGCCGACUCCGGGUCUGGAGAGCGGCCGCUGUUUUUCCGGCGCACGAACGUCGGGCGAUCCACGAUGGAGCGUCGAUCAAGCUACAGUUCCUUCUCGACGUCGUCGUCAUCGUCGCCGCCCAAGUCGCCGAUGUCGAACAGCUCCACGAACGCAGGGUCGCGGUCAUCUCGUGUGGCAGAUUUGGAGAGGGAGAUCACGGCGAUGCGGUCGAGCCACGAAAACAUCGUGGCCGUGCUGCGAGCGACGAACAAGCAGCACGCAGCCAACGUGCUGGAACUGCGCGCGCAGGUGGCAGCUCUCACCGAGGGGAACCUUUGGCUCGAGCGCCAACUCACCGCCAAAGGGGAACUGGUCCGGGAGCUGCGCGAGAUGGAGAAGCAGCAGCAGCGCGACACGGUCAGCGUGAGUGAAGUCCAGAAGAUCCUCGAGAUCAAGGACGCGCAGAUCCAGACGCUCGAGCGCGAAAUGGCCCAACUGCGGCAGCGGCUGGCCCGCCUCGAAUCGGACAAGGACAGCCAGCUCUACCAGCAGUUCCAGCACUUUGAAGCGCGGCGGGAACGCGACGAGAAGCGUAUCAACGAGCUUCGGAAGGAGGUUUUGGCCAUGGUGCGUCCUUGUGUAGACUGUCACAGUGAUGCAUCGCAACUAACCCGUGACGUGCUUUGUGCCUCGCAGUGCAACGAGAGAUUCGAACUGCAGUCCGAAAUGCGCGACCUCAAGGAGAUGACGCUACGAUUCUUUUGA